AUGUCUCAGCCAAGUGAGCCAACAUCAGAACCUGAUCCAUCUCAGAGUGAGAGUGCUCCAGGCAUGCAAGGCCUAUCAAGUACUGCAUCCAUAAAUACAACUGCAGCAGCUAUAGUUACUGAUUCAACUGAUCCUGGAUGGAAGCAUUGCACAAUGCCUGAUGUUACCAAGAAAAACUCUCUUAGGUGUAACUAUUGCAAAGGUUUAUACCAUGGUGGUAUAACCAGAAUCAAGCUCCACCUUGCAAAAGUACCAAAGUCUAAUGUUGCAAAGUGUGGUAAGGUUCCAUCUAAUGUUCAGAAGGAAAUGCUCAAAUUUCUCAAAGGGAAGGCUAAUGUCAGGGAAAGGAAGGCUAAGGAGAAAGAGGAAGAUAGAGCCAUAGUGGAUUUGAGCCAUUCAGAGGGAGAAGAAGCAAGUGAUACUGAUGCUGGCAAUGCUGUUGUUGUGCUUAAGAAAGUAAAAGGUAGCUCCAGCAGUGGCCCUAUUGAGAAGUAUUGUAAGCUAACUCCAGAAGAAGUUGUAGCUGCAAGAAAGGGUAAAUCAGGGCUGGCUGAGAAGGUACAAUCAAAGUUAUCUACUGAGAAGAGAGAAGAGAAGAGGGACAGAGCAUGUGAAUACAUCUCCCAGUUUUUCUAUGAAGCAAGUAUUCCACACAACACAGUCACACUUCCAAGCUUUGAUCUUAUGCUUGAGGCAAUUGGAGAUUAUGGCAGGAACUUGAGAGGGCCUUCUAGGAAAGAGAUGAGUGGAAAAUUCUUACAGAAAAGGAAGAGGAGAGUGUUGGAUACAUUAAAGGCACACAAGCAAUCUUGGGAACUUCAUGGUUGUACUGUCAUGACAGAUGCUUGGACAGACAAAAGAGGCAGGGGGGUGAUGAAUUUGGUAGUUCAUAGUGCAUAUGGGGUGUGCUUUCUAGAAUCAGUGGACUGUUCAGCUGCUAGGAAAGAUGGCAAAUACAUCUUUGAACUAGUUGACAAGUGUAUAGAAGACAUUGGGGACAAACAUGUUGUUCAAGUGGUGACUGACAAUGCAAGAGUAAAUGAUACUGCUGCUGGUAUGUUGAAAGCAAAGAGACCAUCCAUAUUUUGGAAUGGUUGUGCUGCCCAUUGUAUUGAUUUUAUGUUGGAAGACAUUGGCAAGCUACCUUUAGUUGAUGAAACAAUAAGCAAAGCAAGGAGUUUGACAGUAUUUCUAUAUGCUCAUACAAGGGUUCUUGACCUGAUGAGGAAAUUUCUUGGCAAAGACUUGGUUAGGUGUGGCACUACUAGGUUUGCUACUGCCUAUUUAAACUUGAAGAGCAUGCAGGAGAAUAAGAAACAAUUGAUGAGGCUCUUCAGAUCUGAUGACAUGAAUGAGAUGGGGUAUCUGAAGAAGGUGAAGGGGAAGGCAGCCAACAAAAUUGUGAAGUCUGACCCAUUUUGGAAAGGAGUAGACUGUGCUAUCAAUUUUUUUGAGCCAAUGGUUAAUGUGCUUAGGAGGAUGGACAGUGAUGUACCAGCUAUGGGGUUCUUGUAUGGAGCUUUAUUAGAAGCAAAGAAUGACAUCUCUGAGAGGUUUGACAAUGAGGAGGUCAAGUUUCAGGAAGUGUUUAAUAUAAUUGACAAAAGAUGGGACAACAAGCUCAAAUCACCUUUGCAUAGAGCUGGUUACUACUUGAAUCCAUAUUAUUACUAUCCAAACAAGUUGGAAAUUGAAUUAGAUGAAACAUUUAGAGAAGGUCUAAUAACUUGCAUCACAAAGAUGGUUGACAAAACAGAUAUACAAGACCAGAUCAUUAGUGAGCUUGAGCAAUAUCAGGAUGGGGAUGGAUCAUUUGGAAAGGAAAUUGCUAGAAGGCAAUGGAGAAGCAAAAAUUUUGAUCCAGCUAAGUGGUGGCUGAAUCAUGGCACAAGUUCACCAAACCUCAAGAAAUUGGCUGCAAGAAUCCUUGGUUUGACUUGUAGCUCUUCAGCAUGUGAGAGAAACUGGAGUUCAUAUGAGCAAGUCCACACAAAGAGACGCAAUAAGCUUGGCCAUGACAGAAUGAAAGACCUUGUUUUUGUGAAAUUCAACUCCAAAUUGAAGCAAAAGAGGGAAGACAAGACUAGAGACCCAAUUGUGGUUGAUUUUGAUGAAGACGAAGACAAUGAGUGGAUCACAGGCAUUCCCGAACAGGAACAAGAGCAAGCACAAGAAGGAAAUGAUGCUGAAGCUGAAGUAGAACCAUCAUCACAACAGCAAAAGAAAAGGAAGGGAAGUAACCAGGACCAUAGGAAGAAGAAAAGGAAGCUGAUCCCUGUUCUGGAUGACGAAGAGGAGGCUUCCUCUUCUGAUGAUGAUGAAGAUGAGCCAAUGCAAUCACCCUCUACUUCAAGUUCAUCAGCAGGAGAAGAAGAAUUGUCGAACUGA